AUGGGCAGAAGUCCUCGGUGUACAAAGGAUGGAUUAAACAAAGGAGCAUGGACUGCUCUUGAAGAUGAAAUGCUCAUGGAUUAUGUCAAGAGCCAUGGUGAAGGAAAAUGGAGUAAUCUUGCCAAAGAAACAGGGCUGAAGAGAUGUGGCAAGAGCUGCAGGCUUCGAUGGAUGAAUUACCUGAGACCUGAUAUAAAGAGGGGGAACAUUUCAGAAGACGAAGAAGAGUUAAUCAUCAGGCUACACAAGCUCUUGGGCAACAGAUGGUCUCUGAUAGCGGGUAGACUCCCAGGAAGAACGGACAAUGAAAUUAAGAACUAUUGGAACUCCUAUUUAGCCAAGAAGUCAAAGGAUCAGUCCCCAUUAGCCAAGCCUGCAACUGAAAAGAAGCCAAUUAUUGGACUCCUUCACAGCAAUGAUCAGCACAACGACAAGGUGGCAGUGGAACCAUCCACAAACACCAACAUGAACUUGGUUAAGAUCAUCAACAAGUCGUCGCCGUCAGAAUCGAGUGCUGGGUCACCGCAAUCGACAGCCGGGGAAGAAGAGAAGACGGCGGACUUCUUGUUGGACCUGAGCGCAGAGGAUUUAUGCAGAAUGCUUGACUCAGAUUUUGCAGCAAAGCUCAAUGAUGUGGAGCUAAACGACGUGAAUAAUCAUCCUGCAAUGAAUGCCGGCGAUGGUGGUGGUGGUGAUCACAACCCUGUUCUACCACCGGAGGGACUGGAAAACAAUUAUAACUCCGGGACCGGCAGUGAAUUAUGUGGUCAGGCAAACAACAUGGUGUCGGAUUUCAGAUCAUUGUUUCUAGAAUCAGAUGACGGUUGGUUAGGAAAUGAUAUAGAUAUUCUAUUCUCAGACUGAUUACGAAGAAGUUGGUUACACCUAAAUUUGAGGUGGUUUCAAACAAUAUUUGUCAACCUUGAAAUAUGCCAGCAGCUAGCUUAGAAGAGUAGUGGCCCUACAUUUUAAUUAGUCCAUA